CACGAAUACACACACACCCCAAACUCACGUAGCAGGCCAGUGGAAAAGAAAAAAGAAUUAGUCAUUUAUCCCUCAUGCCAUUUUCCAGACCUGAAGGAGUGGUUUGCCAAGGACAUGAAGAUUACACAUAUAAAUAGCUAUUGGAUCCAGCGUCGUGAUGGGCUUUCCCAGACAGCGGUCAAUGCUCAGGCAGGUGCAACUGGAAUUUAAAAACGUGAACAAGAGCUUGAUGCACAACGAGCUGAUGCUGCACACGCCACAUACAGAUGAGAUAGAAAACUGCUGUUCGACUAGCGCACUCAAGUGCUUCGUAAAAAGCCUGCCGCAGCUCCGGGUGCCCAACUCCGCUGCCAAAGUCAAGGCGACUCUCAUCAAAAACCUUCAAAAGAAAAUCAUUGAAAACAGCGUGAGAACCUGUAGUGCAACUGAAACUCAGAAUGCAGUCUGCAGAAAGUGCGAGUCAUACCCAGAAAGAAGCACCAAGGAGUUCAUGGACUCACUGGAAACGCUGCUUCAAAUGACGCUGGAAAGACUGAGUUGAAGAGAAGAUGGGUCUGCAAACAGGAUAUCAAGACACUAUUCCACAAAGAAGAUGAAGGACGUGUUGAUUAGAAGUUCAUGAUCAAUGUAAAACUUAUUUAUUCAUUAUUUAUUAGUGUAGUGUUUGUACAUGUUUAUGUUAGUUUUCUGCUGCUGAGCUUGGAGUUUAUUAAAUAAUAACAGCCAAAAGUAAGGUCUGUAUUUCACGUUAAAAAUUCAAAAUCUCUGAGGAAUCAAGUGAUAAAUAUAUUUAAUUGGUCCUAAGGGACAAAUGUAUUAAAAUAUAAACUGUACUCUGGAGAAUAUAAGUAUUGAUCCCACAACUUCUCACAUGCUAAGCUUGCAUUUAAUAAUUAGAGCUAAUUCCUCUUCAAAUGAAAGACACUGUAUAAAUGUACCACAAAACAGUGAGAACUGAUAAAUAAUAAGAAUCCUCAGAGAAUAUUUUAUACCAGCAUACAGUCCACACUGGUGUAGGUUUACUCCAAAUAAUCAGCAUGUAAAAAGUCUCAGCUUUGUGCUCCAGCACCACCAAGUGGAAAAUGCGUGCAUUGUCAGGGGUGAAUCCAUCUGUUAUUUAUUUGUUAAAAUUACGGAGAAGUGCAAACCGUGUUGUUUCACCUUCCAUGGGAGACUAACCCCGAACUUCACUUUGGCAUUCUUUGUGUUGUUCGGAUGAAGUCAUAUAUAGAGAAAAUAAAUAUCUCACAAUGAGAUAGAAAAUAGUUUGUAUUAUUAUACAAAAAUGGCAUAAGA